AUGAUGCCGCCGUCAGCGCACCUUCACCGCCUUCCGGAAAUCACCCCCGCGUCCCCUAGUAGUAUUACCUCCGUCUUCGCCGAACCCUCCGUCCCCGCCGCUCUCUCCGCUUCCGCCGCGACCAGCAGCGCGCCCAAGCUGCCCUCCGCCCUCCCCGCUUUCCUCCGCACAGGGCGCAGGGAGGACGCGGCAGGCGGGGGAAGAGGGGACGGGACGCGGAGAGGGCUGGGGGAUGAGGGGGAGUGGGCGGGCGGAGGGCACGCAAGGGCAGGGGGAGGGAUGAGUGUGGAUAGUAAGGGGCUCCAAUGGAGGGAUGAGGGGGAUAAAGGAGACGAGGGGGGUAGCCGGAUGGGGGGAGAAGGCACCGUGGUGGUGGACGUGGGAGGCGAGGGAGAGGGCCAUGGGGGGCAAGAAGAGUUCAGAUACAUCCAGCGGACUUCCAACCAACCGCACGGCGCCAGCUGGCUGUUUCAUGACGUCAUCACUGCCCUACGAUCCUCCGCCGUGUUCCAACUGCCAGCACUCACCCCCAGCAGCAGCAGCAGCAACGAGCCAGAUCCUUCACUACCAGUCCCUCAGAUAACACCUCCCCCAGGCGCCACCUGCGUGGGCGGGUGUGGAAUCAGCAAUCAGGCAGCUCUCUCCAUCCUCCCCUGCGCGCUGUAUUCCCUGCUGCACUGCGUGGCCGUGGGGCAGCUGCUCGCUCUGCUCACCCGCCACGCCUUCUCCCCCCGCCACACCCUCCUCUCCGCUGCUCUCGCUGAAACCCUCUUCUCUCUGCUCUCCGCCCUGCCUGCCACCGCCCCCGCGCCCAGCCCCCUGGGAGCAGCGCUCAUGGGCGGGCUGUGGCGGGUGAGUGGCGCGCUGGGGGUGCCCUUCCUGCCCUGGGUGGGGUGGGUGGGGCUCUGGGCGGCUGUCUUCCUGCUGCUCGCCGCGGGGGGGAAUGCGUGCCGGGUGGCGGACCAAUGGGGUGCUGCCACGUGGCGGGUGGAAGGAGUGGUGACGAGUGGGGUGCUGUUUGUGGGUGCGGUGCAGAUGGGUGCAGAGGGUUUCAGGCAGGCGGGGGAGGUGGGGGGAGGGGAGGCGGUGGCGUUUGCGACGGUGCACGUACUUCCUCCCACAAACUCUUCCAUGCUCUCUCCCGUGCUCUCUCCCGUGCUCUCUCCCGUGCUCUCUCCCGUGCUCUCUCCCGUGCUCUCUCCCGUGCUCUCUCCCGUGCUCUCUCCCGUGCUCUCUCCCGUGCUCUCUCCCGUGCUCUUUCCCAUGCUCUCUCUCAUGCUCUUUCCCAUGCUCUCUCCCAUGCUCUUUCCCAUGCUCUCUCCCAUGCUCUCUCUCAUGCUCUCUCCCAUGCUCCCUCUCAUGCUCUCUCCCAUGCUCUCUCCCAUGCUCUCUCUUAUGCUCUCUCCCAUGCUCUCUCCCAUGCUCUCUCCCAUUCUCUCUCCUAUGCUCUCUCCCGCGCUCUCUCCCGUGCUCUCUGCCGUGCUCUCUCCUGUGCUCUCUCCCGUGCUCUCUGCCGUGCUCUCUCCUGUGCUCUCUCCCGUGCUCUCUGCCGUGCUCUCUCCUGUGCUCUCUCCCGUGCUCUCUGCCGUGCUCUCUCCUGUGCCCUCUCCCCUGCUCUCUGCCGUGCUCUCUCCUGUGCUCUCUCCCGUGCUCUCUCCCGUGCUCUCUUCCAUGCUCUCUCCCGUGCUCUCUGCCGUGCUCUCUCCUGUGCUCUCUCCCGUGAUCUCGUUCAUGCUCCCAUACCCCUAUGUCGUGACUUGGCGCACCGUGGGGGGGCUGCUGGCGGCUGUGCUGGCGCUGCUCGCCCUGCCCUCCACGCCUGCUCGCAUCCUCUCCCUCGUGCCCGCCGCCCCUCUCAUCGGCACGUGCAUGGCGGUGAGUUUGCCCACCUUCGUGCGCAUGGCCUCUCUCAUGGGCACGCGCAAAUGGCAAUCCUCCUCCUUCCCCCUUCGCUCCACCUCCACCUCCUCCUCUCCCUCGCCCAUCCCUCCCGUCGCCCUUCUCUCCCCCCACUCCCCCUCUCCGCCCUCCCUUUCCUCCGCCGUCUCACCUCUCUGGAGUGCCUCUCAGCCGGCCUGCUGCUCGGGUGGUCCUACCUGCCCUUCCUCGCCGCCUCCUUCCCUCUCCCCCUCCUCCUCCUCGCCCUUCUCAUGA